GAUAAAUUAGUUAUAAGCCUCAAGAACUCUUCCACAAGAAAAUUAAGGUCUCAUUCCUUCAGUUGUUGAUCUUCUGUACUUUUUGUUGUUUGUUUUUUUUCAAAGUAUUUGGUGCAGAAAUGGUUUUAACUUGGAAAUCAAUGAUUCCAUGUUGUUACAAAGUAGAUGAUGAGUUAGUAAGAUCAAAGAAAAAUGUCAAAAAACAAAGUUCAUUUCAGAGAUUGACUCUAUUAGAUUUUGAUGAUCCAAGUUCACCAUUAUCUGCUGAUGGACUUUCCAAUUCAUUCAUUGGAUCAAACCUUAUCAACUUCACAUUUACUGAACUUAGAGAAGUUACACACCAUUUUUCAUCUGCUAAUUUUCUUGGUGAAGGAGGAUUUGGACCGGUUUACAAAGGAUUCGUCGACGAUAAGCUUAGGCCAGGGCUAAAACCUCAGGUUGUUGCUGUUAAGGUGUUGGAUACAGAUGGUUUGCAAGGCCACAAGGAAUGGCUGACAGAGAUAAUAUUCCUGGGGCAACUAAGGCAUCCACAUCUGGUAAAAUUGAUUGGAUACUGCUGGGAAGAUAAUAAUAGACUCCUAGUCUAUGAAUUCUUGCCAAGGGGAAGCUUGGAAAAUCAACUCUUUGGUAAGUUUUCGAUUACAUUAUCGUGGUCAACAAGGAUGAAGAUAGCACUAGGAGCAGCAAAAGGUCUCGCGUUCCUCCAUGAAGGCGAAAAACCAGUCAUAUACAGAGACUUUAAGGCAUCAAACAUCUUAAUAAAUUCAGAUUACACUGCUAAACUUUCUGAUUUCGGACUAGCAAAGGAUGGACCAGCAGGGGACGAUACGCAUGUAUCCACACGAAUAAUGGGUACACACGGCUAUGCAGCCCCUGAAUAUAUCAUGACAGGUCAUUUGACAACAAUGAGUGAUGUAUAUAGUUUUGGAGUAGUUCUGUUGGAAAUGCUGACUGGUAAAAGAUCAUUGGAUAAAAAAAGACGAGAAGGAGAAACGAAUUUGGUUGAAUGGUUAAGGCCUUAUUUAAAAGAUCCAAAGAAAAUUGCUCGUGUGAUGGACCGAAGACUUGAAGGUGAAUACCCGAUUAAAGGGGCACAAACUGCAGCAUUAGUAGCAUACAAAUGCUUAAGUCAUUAUCCUAAGCCUAGGCCUACAAUGGAUGAUGUUGUCAAGAUUCUUGAGACACUUCAGGAGGAAAGCAAUAACACUGACACUGCAAUAAGUGAUCCAAUGAUAACGAUGACAUCGAACAGUGAUUUCAGCAGUGAGAGUGAGAAAAAUGGCGAAAAAGAGGAUGCUGCAACACCGGAACGAAAUGGGAGAAGCAGAAAGGAGAAGUACUUGAAUGGGAAAAAUCAAGGUUAUGGAUGGAGACAGAGAAUCAAUAGACAGAGAAUGGUGGCGUCUUACUCGGAUACAGCUCUUUAUAGAAGACAUUGAGAUAUGGCAAAUAUAGCCACCUCAAGCAUUUGCAGUGAAGAAUCUAAGUAAUAAAACUUCACUAGCUAUAGAACUUUUGCACUGCAGCAAAAAAUGAUAAUAAUUAGGAAAAUACUAUUUGUGUAUAAAGAAGGGCAACCCAGUGCACAAAGCAUCUCGGGGUCACACAGGGCCCAGGAAGGAUUCUUUUGAGAAAUACAUAGUAAUAGUAAAUAUUAAUGCAGUAAGCUGUAGUAUAUAGAAGGUGUAAGCAGCAUACUGCUUCUAGUUUACUGCUAAAAACCUGAUUUCAGGUAUAGGAUUGUAACUUUUCUACUUUUUUUGUGAACUCUUCAGUUGUAAGAUAUGGAAUGGCAAAAGUAAACAAGACUAAGCCAAUUCUAUUGUAACAUUUGCUUUUGAUAUGCUACAAUAUUUGGAUAA